CGGCUUUCUUCCAAUAGGGCGUGUGAUUAUCUCCCAAAAUAAUAUUGUUUGUAUAUCUGAUACUCGUUUUAUAGCUUUCUUGAAUUCGCAUCUUUUAAAGCUAUCUAGGCAUUCUGGGGCAUGGCUGCUGAAGACAGAAUCAGUGGACUUCCUGGUGAUAUACUUGACCAUAUUUUGGGGCUUUUACCAAUUCAAGAUGCUGCAAGAACUUCUGCUUUGUCUACGGCUUGGAGAGAUGUCUGGUUAAGUCUUUCCCAACUCAUCUUUGACACUAACUUUUUUCAUCACAUCCGUGACCGCUACAUUGGACAAUCAGCGAUGCUUGUAAUCAACAGAAUUCUCAUGAGGCACAACGGACCUAUUCGAAAAUUUGGUUUCCAUCUUUGCAUUUUCUUUUGGGCAAGCAGAUAUACGAAGUAUAGUUGGGUUGAAUUUGAUGAUUGGUUACUUUAUCUCACAAGAAAUGGGGUUGAAGAAUUGGACCUAUCUUUUUGGUCAUCUGCAUAUGCAUAUGAAUUGCCCGAUUUCUUAUUUUUAUGCCCAACUCUCAAGAAGUUGCGUCUUCAUGGAGUGUAUGUUAAACCAAUAAAGGUUCAGUGCAUAUUUCCGAAUGUCACUUCUCUUUGUCUUAGAGAUAUUUCUGGUUUCAACAUGACUGCCCCAGAACUUAGAAGUUUAAAAAUUUCCAAUGUUACUUCUCAUGGCAUUCUUCCGGUUACCUUGGAUUUGAAACCCAUCUUUUCUCUUAAUCUCGACAAUUGCUCUGCCAAGCUUUUUAUAAAGGAAUUAACUAGAUUGGGUAAACAAGGAACUACACUCGAUGUGGGGCACCUGAAGUUGCAUUUGGAUGUCGAAGAUGAUGACAUUUCUGCCUUCAUUAAAUUGUUGCAAAUGUGCCCAAACUUAUACAAACUUGAUAUAGAGCUAUCGAACAAAGGUGUGGCAAUUACUACAGCAGCUUCUUUGGAGCGUCCGGAGAUUAUUCUGGCUGAAACAUGCCAAAGGGUUCAUACUUUGAAUAUUUCUUGUGCGCUUAGAGGGUCAAGGCCGGAAAUGAUAUUCUUUGAGUGGCUUGUUGCAUGCUUUCCCAUGCUUGAAAAGGUUUUCAUAUAUCAAAGAAAAACAUUCUGCUCCAACACAGAGUUUAAAAACAAGCGGAAGCUUUUGGGAUUUGUCCAGGAUCUUCAAAAGCAGAUAUUGCUUACACAGAAAAAGGUUGUUAGAUUUGUAGUCUAGUUUAAGUAUUUUCUAAUACAGUACAUUGCUAUUUUUGAAGUCAUGUGUAUGUACUACUAACUACUCAGUAUGUAAACUUUCAACCUCUAAAUCUUGUUUCAAGUCAUGUGUAUGUGUAUGUACUACUCAGUAUGUAAACUUUCAACCUCUAAAUCUUGCGGAACGUUGCCCAUUAAGUUUGAUGGGAAAUUUUCACC